AUGCGUGGCGACUUUGCCAUCUUUGUCUUCGUGGAGUUCAUCGAUCAAUUGCUGGCCCGCACGGCCCUGAAACUCACGGGGCUGCGCAUCGCGCAACGGUCCGUGCGCGUGUGCUCCACCAUGGGCAUCGGGUCGGAAGGAGAGACAUUGGACGUCGAGCCUCUGAGGCAAUUGGAGAAGCUUCCGCUCAGACCUCUGGAUGGCACAACCAUGUUGCUGAAUGUUUGGCUGGGAGGCCUUCCCAUGCGCCUUUGUCGCGAAGAACUGCAUCGCAAGCGGUCGGGCUCCUGGGCGAAGCAUGAGACUUUGGAAAGUCGGAUCUGCACUGCCGUGCUGGCUCUGCCUGGCAUCAAGUUGCGCUAUCCGCAGAUGGAGCGCCCCAUCGUGUCGUUGAGGGUCAGCGAAUGCCAGCGCUACAUCUUCGUGGAGGCCGCGACGGAACUCAUCGCCAGUUCCAUGGUGGCCGCCAAAGGGUUGAGUUUGCCCGGUGGGCUGGAAGCCACCACUGGCUGGCCAGUGGCUGUCAUCGAUGCGGAGGAGCGAGCCCCGCCGCCCCUUGCGGAAGAUGGCAGCCUUUGCGACCCUUCUCAGGUCGGAGCAUUGGUGCAAAAAGCCAUCGUCUGCGAAGAAGACUUCGCGGAAAGGCUGGACUGCGAGAUUUUCAUGGGUGGAACCAACGGCCUUGAGGUAGAAGACCUCUGGAAAGCAUUGACGGAGUUGCUGAUGGCUGCCCGCAAGCACAUAUCUGGGGGAUGGUUGCCUGAUGAGUCAAUGUGGAUGUGUAUGAAAAUGAGGUAA